AUGAAAAACCAACAUCAGUACAGUACUUACAUGACGAAUUACCUUAGUGGUAAAGUGCUGGAACCGCCGGAGAAUGGUGCCGUUGUAGGACCGACAUUCGCUGCCCUGUUGGCCGAUGGUUACUCUCGGUUCAAGUUCGGCGAUCGGUACUAUUUCACCAACGGUCCCGAGAUAAAUCCGGGUGCGUUCACGUUGCCGCAGCUGAAUGGGCUGAGGCGGACAACGCUUGCUGGCCUCAUCUGUGCCAAUGUGGAUCACAAGGAAGAUUUUUACCAAGCGCCGCAAGCUUUCCUGCAGUCCAGUAGGGAAAACGUACCCAUGCCGUGCUUGAAUUAUCAGAGCAUACAGCUAGAAGCAUGGCGUGAGGAAGGGUUUUAAAUUUAUUUAAAA